ACUUGCAAGGGGUACUGGUGCUCGAAGACCCGUCUCCCACGUUCUCAUUGAGCGUGUUUAGGGAUUGUUUUAUUAUUUUUUUACAUAAAAGUUGUUUGAUUUAGUUUAUUAUUAUUAUUAUUAUUAUUUGAUAGUUUGGUAGUUGUUUUGGUGUUUUGUUCCUUUUUUGGGGAAUCUUGUUUGCAUCCCGCACAGUAGGUGGCAAGAAUGCAAAUUAAAUUGUGCGAUCGCUAAUAUAACAUAUAAUAACUACAGUAAGUACAAUGUAUGGUUCUGAAUCAUAAUUCAAAGGUAACGCGUAGCAAAUUCACCACUUGAAUAAUGUGAUUUGUAUGAUGAUUUCCACCUUUUAAUCGGUUGAUUGUAGUGUAAUCGGGUUUCUGCAACAAAUACUUUUUUGUUGAAAUCGAAAGUAAAUAUUUUGAAUGACACAGCGGAUCUGACUGCUAAGCUACUAGGCUGAGGACAUGUUGCUGGGUGUUGGCCUCUAAGUUUCAGGGGAAUAUCAUCUGCAUUCAGCAAGAGCGCGCAGUCUGUAGGUGUGACCCACUGCCUCUAAAAUGAGUCUCUCUGGGGAGAGAGGGGAGAGGACCGCUGCCUCUAAAAUGAGUCUCUCUGGGGAGAGAGGGGAGAGGACCGCUGCCUUUAAAAUGAGUCUCUCUGGGGAGAGAGGGGAGAGGACCGCUGCCUCUAAAAUGAGUCUCUCUGGGGAGAGAGGGGAGAGGACCGCUGCCUCUAAAAUGAGUCUCUCUGGGGAGAGAGGGGAGGGGAGCGCUGCCUCUAAAAUGAGCCUCCCUCAAGACAUCAGCUCUGAGAGUGUCCAGCAUCACCGAGCAGAGUCACCUACACCCAGCCUGUUAUCAAUGAAGAGUGACAACUCAAUGUUUCUUCCACCUACUUUCAACCAGGAAACACAAACCGCUGACAAAAGUGGGCUAACAAUAGACCUGUGUGCCCUGUGUGAAAGAGGGCCAAAGGAUCAAGUAUCCAUCCCCGGUGGACACAGUUACUGCAAGCAGUGCAUAAGUGUCUUGGUCUCACCUAAACCUCUCCAACAUCAACACUCCGAGUCAAGUCACCACUACGCUGGACCUGGAGACGUGGCCUGUGUUCUCUGCACUGAGAAAAAGCUCAAAGCUGUGAGGUCCUGUCUGAUCUGCACUGCCUCCUAUUGUGAGAGCCACGUAAGGCAGCAUUACAUAGUAGCAGCACUGCGAAAACACACCCUGGUGGAGGUGACAGGAAACCUGGAGCAGAAACUCUGCCAGCUGCACCACAAAGCUCUGGAAGUCUUCUGUAAGACCGACCAGAUACUCGUCUGUAAUGUAUGUGCCGUGGAGGACCACAGAGGCCACAGAAAAUGCUACAUAGAGAUCCCCAUGUUGUUGGACACUUCAUCUCUACUAGGUCAGUCACUGAAAAACAUGAGUGAUUUGAAUCUCUUCAAAAAUCAUCUGAUCCAUUGUUACCCAGAGUGCUUUGAGACCCAGCUGGACAAUGAAGAUGUUCGAGAUUUGGUUGAGAAGAUGCUGGAGAGUUUUGGAACUGAGGGUGCCUUGAAGAUCACACUGAACUUUCUAGACAUAAGAAAUAAAACUCUUUGGAAAGCCAGAGAAAUUAAAACUAAACUGGGGCAGAAGUUUCAACAAAUAUUUCAAGGAAUUGGACACCAUGGAAAGCAAACUCUCUUAAAUGACAUCUACACAGAGCUCUACAUCACAGAAGGUGGAAGUGGAGAGGUCAAUAAUGAACAUGAGGUGAGACAUAUCGAGGCGGUUUCUAAGGAACAAACCACACAAAAGACCGCAAUCAAAUGCAACAACAUCUUCAAAAGGUUACCUGGACAAAGAAAACCUAUCAGGACUGUGCUGACCAAAGGAAUCGCUGGCAUUGGAAAAACAGUUUCUGUGCAGAAGUUCAUCCUUGACUGGGCAGAGGGAAAAGCAAAUCAAGAUAUUCAUUUCAUAUUUCCUCUUCCUUUCCGCGACCUUAACCUGAAAAGGGGUCAAUAUAGUCUGAUGCAACUUCUGCAAUACUACUGCCCAGAUCUAAAAGAUAUUGACAGCAUUCAGUGUGGUGAAAUCAAAACUCUUUUCAUUUUUGACGGUCUGGAUGAGUGUCGACAUCCUCUAAAUUUCCAGAACAAUGAGGACCUGUAUGACAUCACAAAGCCAACCUCAGUGGAUGUGCUGCUGACAAACCUCAUCAAAGGGAAUCUGCUUCCCUCUUCUCAUCUCUGGAUAACCACACGACCAGCAGCAGCCAAUCAGAUACCUUUUGAGUGUGUUCACCAGGUGACCGAAGUAAAAGGUUUCAGUGACCCACAGAAGGAGGAGUACUUCAGGAAGAUAAUCGGUGAUGAGGACCUGGCCAGCAGAAUCAUCACACAGAUGAAGACAUCAAAAAGCCUCUACAUCAUGUGCCACAUGCCAGUCUUCUGUUGGAUAUCAGCCACUGUCCUUGAAACAAUGCUAAAAGAAACAAAGAAUGUCGAAGUCCCCAAAUCUCUGACACAGAUGAACACCCACUUCCUGCUCAUCCAAACCAGUGUGAAAAACAAAAAGUACAACAAAGCCACAGAGAAAAACCCUAAGAAACUGUCUCAGUCAGACAAAGGCAUGAUCCUGAAACUAGGAAAGCUGGCUUUCCAACAGUUGCAGAAGGGUAACCUUAUCUUCUAUGAGGAAGACCUGACAGAGUGUGGCAUCGAUGUCACAGAGGCAUCAGAGUACUCAGCCUUGUGUACAGAAAUGUUUAAAGACAAAUGUGGGCUAUACGAAGACAAGGUCUUCAGCUUUGUGCAUCUGAGCAUUCAAGAGUUUCUGGCAGCAGUAUAUGCUUUAGAGUCAUGGCUGGGGAAGUCUGAAAAUGUGUUUGAUGAAUCAUUCAAAUGUGACAAGUUGUCUGACUUACACAUGAGUGCAGUGGACAAAGCCUUGCAGAGUAAGAAUGGACACCUGGACCUGUUCCUUCGAUUUCUUCUGGGCCUCUCACUGGAGUCCAAUCAGAAUCUCUUAAAAGGCCUUCUGACAAGGAGAGGAGGUCAAACACCGAGCAUUGAGGAAACAUUCAAGUACCUUUCAGACAAGAUUAAGAUGGAAUCCUCACCAGAAAGGAUCAUCAACUUGUUCCACUGUCUGAAUGAACUUGGGGAUAACUCUGUAGUUGAAGAGAUCCAGACCUCCCUGCGAUCAGGAACUCUUUCAGAAACAAAGCUACAACCUCACCAAUGUUCAGCCCUGGCCUUUGUGUUACUGAUGUCAGAGGGGGUGCUGGAUGAGUUUGACCUGAAGACAUAUAACACAUCAGUGGAAGGUCGUCUGAGGUUGCUGCCAGUAGUGAAAACCUGCAAGAAAGCAUCACUGGCUGGCUGUGACCUCACAUAUCCAUCCUGUUGGACUCUGGCCUCAGCCCUGCGGACACCAAACUGCCCCCUGACAGAGCUAGACCUCAGCUACAAUGACCUGGGAGACAGAGGAGUGAAGCUGCUAUUCAGUCCACUCCACAACAUACAGACACUUAUUCUAGGUCCAUGUGGUCUGACAGAGGGUUGCUGUUCAUAUCUGGCCUCAGUCCUGAGUGCACCCAACUCACAACUGAAACAACUGGAGCUGAGAUACAACAACCUGCACGACUCAGGAGUUACACUGCUGUGUGCUGGACUGAAGGAUCCAAACUGCAAACUGCAGACACUAGGCCUAAGUCAGUGUGGUCUGACAGAGGGUUGCUGUUCAGAUCUGGCCUCAGUCCUGAGUGCACCCAACUCACAACUGAAACAACUGGAGCUGAGAGACAACGACCUGCAGGACUCAGGAGUUACACUGCUUUCUGAUGGUCUGGUGGAUCCAAACUGUAAACUACAGAAACUAGGCCUAAGUCAGUGUGGUCUGACAGAGGGUUGCUGUUCAUAUCUGGCCUCAGUCCUGAGUGCACCCAACUCACAACUGAAACAACUGGAGCUGAGAGACAAUGACCUGCAGGACUCAGGAGUUACACUGCUUUCUGAUGGCCUGGCGGAUCCAAACUGUGAACUGCAGACCCUAGGACUGUCUGGCUGUGAAGUCACAGGGGAGGGCUGUGCUGCUCUGGCUUCUGCUCUGAGGUCAAACCCCUCCCACCUGAGAGAGCUGGACCUGAGCUACAAUCACCCAGGAGACUCUGCAGGGGGACUGCUUUCAGCUGGUAAAGGGGAUCCCACAUGCAAACUGAUGAAGCUGAAUGUGGAUCACGGUGCAGAGUGCAGGCUGAUAUCCGGGCUGAGGAAAUAUGCCUGUCAGCUCACCAUGGACCCAAACACAGCAAACGCACACCUGUUACUCUCUGAGGAGAACAGGAAGGUGACACGGGUGGACAAGGAGCAGCAUUACGAAGACCAUCCAGACAGAUUUAAAUGGCAUCCCCAAGUUCUCUGCAGAGAAGGCCUAUCUGGAUCUCGAUAUUACUGGGAGGUGAUGUGGGAUUGUGGAGAGCCUGACAUUGGAGUGACUUACAAAGGAAUGAGUCGGAUGGGAUGGGGGUCUGACAGUUGGAUUGGACAAAAUACCAAGUCCUGGAGUUUGAACUGCGCUGGUGAAGGUUACUAUUACUUUUACAAUGCGGGAGGCAAUAUCACAUUCUUCCGUGGUCCUGUUUUGCACAGAGUUGGUGUGUAUCUUGACUGGCCAGCUGGUACUUUGUCCUUCUAUAGUGUGUCCUUUGGUAAACAGAAACACCUUCACACAUUCUACACCACAUUCACUGAACCCCUCUAUCCUGGGUUUUGGAUAUACCCACACUCUUCCUUGUCUACAUAAGUAGGGGUGCUGCAGCGAUCACUGAAAAAUGUCAAUCAUUUUCCAAAAAUGUACAGUGUAUAAAUACAAAUAUUUUCCCCAAAAUUAUAUUACUCCUGUCUGAACAGACCAAUAAAACUUGUUAAAAAUACUAAACCAGAGAGCAAAAAUCGUAGAAUUAAUAGCAUGUAGAAAGUUAGCUGUGGAUUUUAUCAGAAGCACUUCCAGUCAGGAAGGCUGCAGCAAAUGUAGAACAGCUUGUUAUGGGGCGGCAGGGUAGCCUAGUGGUUAGAGUGUUGGGCCAGUAACCGAAAUGUUGCUAGAUCAAAUCCCUGAGCUGACAAGGUACAAAUCUGUCCUUCUGCCCCUGAACAAGGCAGUUAACCCACUGUUCCUAGGUGGUCAAUUGUAAAUAAGAAUUUGUUCUUAACUGACUUGCUUAGUUAAAUAAAGGUCACAUAAAAAAAUGACGUUGUGGUCAUGUUGUCAAUGGGAACUGCCAUCUAUGGAUUGUAAUUCUAUGGUUGGUUGCGGCUGUCAGUUUGCCUUAAACACAUUUUUAAAUACAAAAAAAUAUAGAAGACUAAUCUGUCUGUAGAAGCUACAAAACAGCUUUUGAGCUAUUUCUGAAGGAACAUCACUGUUUUUCAAAGUAGCUUAUCUUGAGAUAAGCUAUUGCAGUGUUUCCCAAACUCGGGGGUCGCCUGACUAUAAAAUUGCACUUUGUUCAUAGAACCGGGGUUACCUGAGCUCAGUGACUUUCAACGUGGCACCAUCAUAGGAUGCCAAACGAGUCAGUUCGUCAAAUUUCUGCACUGCUUGAGUUGUCCAGGUCAACUGUAAGUGCUGUUAUUUUGAAGGUGAAAUGUCGAGGAGCAACAAUGGCGCAGGCAUAAGGUGGUAGGCCACACAAGCUCACAGAAUGGGACCGCUGAGUGAUGAAGUGCCUAGCACGUAAAAAUUGUCUGUCCUCGGUUGCAGCACUCACUACCAAGAUCCAAACUGCCUCUGGAAGCAAUGUCAUCACAAGAACUGUUCAUUGGGAACUUCAUGGAAUGGGUUCCAUUGCCGAACAGCCGCGCACACAAGCCUAAGAUCACCAUGCGCAAUGCCAAGCAUUGGCUGGUGUGCUGUAAAGCUCGCCGCCAUUGGACUCUGGAUCAGUGGAAAUGCCUUCUCUGGAGUGAUAAAUCACACUUCACCAUCUGGCAGUCCGAUGGAUGAAUCUGGGUUUGGCGGAUGCCAGGAGAACGCUACCUGCCCUAAUGCAUAGUACCAACUUUAACAGUUUGGUGGAGGAGGAAUAAUGGUCUGGAGCUGUUUUUCAUGGUUUGAGCUGGACAGUCUCAUAGCAAUACCUUGUCUUUAUGGGGUAGUGUGUGUAGAUUGAUGAGGAAAAUGUUUUAUUUAAUCCAUUUUAGAAUAAGGCUGUAUAGUAACAAAGUGGGAAAAGUGAAAGGGGUCUGAAUACUUUCCGAAUGCACCAGGGUGGCUACUUUGAAGAAUCUCAAAUAUAACAUAUUUUUGGAUUUGUUGAAACUUUUUUGGUUACUACAUGAUUCCAUGUGUGUUAUUUCAUAGUCUUCACUAAUUAUUCUACAAUGUAAAAAAUAAAGAAAAACCUUGAGUAGGUGUUCUAAAGCUUUUGA